AUGCCCCACACACUUAUCCUUGUUCGUCACGGCCAGUCUGACUGGAACGAGAAGAACCUCUUCACCGGUUGGGUUGAUGUUCGCCUUACCGAGCUCGGCAAGAAGGAGGCUGCCAGAGCUGGUGACCUUCUUGUCGAGUCCAAGAUUGUCCCCGACAUUGUCUACACCUCUCUUCUUUCCCGUGCCAUUCAGACCUCCAACAUUGCUCUUGACAAAGCCGAUCUUCUCUACCUUCCUGUCAAGCGCAACUGGAGACUUAACGAGCGUCACUACGGUGCUCUCCAGGGCAAGAACAAGGCCGAGACCCUUGAGACUUACGGCAACGAGAAGUUCAUGACCUGGAGACGUUCUUUCGACGUUCCCCCUCCUCCUAUUGCUGACGAUGACAAGUACUCUCAGUUCCACGAUCCCAGAUACAAGGACCUUGCCAAGGACGAGAUCCCCAAGACCGAAUCUCUUAAGAUUGUCAUUGACAGACUUCUUCCUUACUGGAAGUCUGAUAUCUCCAAGGACAUUCUUGAUGGCAAGACUGUCAUUGUCUUUGCUCACGGUAACUCUAUCAGAGCUCUUGUCAAGCACCUUGACGGUAUCUCUGACACCGACAUUGCUGGUCUUAACAUUCCUACCGGUAUUCCCCUCGUUUACGAGCUUGAUGAUGACCUUAAGCCCGUCAAGCCUUCUUACUACCUUGACCCUGAGGCUGCUGCUGCUGGCGCUGCUGCUGUUGCCAACCAGGGCAAGAAAUAA